CGCAACAGUUACUGCUAAGAAAAUAUCCCUUCGAAAAUGAACGGUAGAAAUAUUUAGGCCGAGGUACGUUUACGUAUAUAAUCCAACCACACGCCGCGGUCAAGUAUUUUAUUUAAAAAACAAAUUAGUUCGAGCAUCACUGCCUAGAAAUCAAAUAUUUAAUCACUGCACAACCCUAAGGAAAAGAUAGGGAAAUCUUUCCCUGUAGAUAUGUUUUCGAUUCAUAAUUCAUCGCUCUGCUAAAAGGAUAUUGUUACCAUUCACAGGCUUUCUUAAAACCCUACUUAUUCACGGGACAAAGAUCAGCGUUCGAACCAGACUCCUCGCUGAAAGAAAUAGAAAAGAGGAGACAUCUGUUCUCUUCAGCACUUGAGAAAAUCUGCUUUGUGGUGAGCUUGUCAUUGCACAUACUCAUCAUCUCCUUAAGGAUCUUAUGGAGACACAGGCCUGGUCAUCACAGCCUAUUCAAGCUUCAUCUCCUGGGGUACCUUCCCAGCCUCCAGUUUCAGGACAAUCUACUGUGUCAGGGCCUCCAAGUUCCUGGCCGCCUCCUAAUACACUGCCAAGCCAAACUCAAGCACUGCCUCAAACUACAUUUUCUGUUCCUAAUGUUUCAGCAUAUCCUCCAUCACCUGCUCCUACCUUUUCUUACAAUGGAACAUCAGUAGCCAGUGGCAGCACUGAAAGUCCUCAGCACUCGUUGUCUUCUACUCAUGCAAGCUCUACAGGAAUGACACAAGGUGGGGCUUUUAUCACAACAGCAACUGUGGCAUCUCCUCAAUCUCAACCUCCAGUUCCAGGACAGUCUCAAGUUGCACCACCUCCAAGUUCUUGGGGACCUCCUGGUACACAAAUAAAUUCACCACGUCUGCCACCUAGGCCUACCUUUACUGUUCCUCCAGGAUAUCCUUCAUCUCCUGCAGCACAAUUCUCAUAUAAUGGAGCUUCACAUCCCAGCCCUGGUUCAGAAAGUCCCCACCAAUCGCAAUCUUCUGGGAUGGUUACCUCGACAGGAAUGGUACAGGUUGGGCCACCUGCAUCAGGAUCAUCAUCUGUACCAGUUGGGGCUCCUGCAGCACCAGUAUCGUCAUCGGUUCAAUCUACAUCAAUGCCUAUGUAUGCACCAUCACAUGUUUUAGUUCCUCCAGUGCAUGCCCCAACUCCUAUAGCAGCUCCCAAUACCUAUACAGCAUUUCGCUGGCACCCACCACCUCCCCCUCCACCUGGUCUGUGUGCUGGACCAGGGCCUCCAGGAAUUCCUGUUUCAACUACAUCAACCUUAACUCCACCUGGUCCACCAGGGCCUCCAGGAACAACUCAUUCUGCCACAUCAACCUUAAUACCACCUGGUCCAUCUGCUGGACCAGGGCCUCCAGGAAUUCCUGCUUCUUCUACAUCAACCUUAACUCCUGGUCCAUCUGGUCCACCAGGGCCUCCAGGAAUUUCUGCUUCUUCUACAUCAACCUUAACUCCUGGUCCAUCAGGGCCUCCAGGAAUUUCUAUUUCUGCUACUUCAACCUUAACCCAAACUCAGGCCACACCUGCUAGUAGUGGUGAUGGUGCCUCUCCAGCUCCCCAAGCAGCAAUGGCAGCAUCUGGUUCUGUUACACCUGCUCCAAUUGCAAGUAACUCCUCACAACACAUGCAGCCAGUACCCUAUCAGAUAUAUGCACCAGGUCCAUCUCAUGGUCCACCUCCACAAGCUACAUGGUUGCAUCCUCCACAAUUUGCUGGACUGCAUCGCCCUUCCUACGUACCGUAUCCAGGUGGAUUUUCAGGGUCCUUUCCUCAACCACCACGACCUGUGGGCAUGCCUCAGUCUUCUGUUCCUACUGCAUCCCAACCUCUUGGAACAUCUCCUCUGGGACCUCCUGGAGCAUCCCCAGCUAAAGCUGUAAGUGGGCAACUAUCAAGCAACUUUGGAGAACAUCUACCACCUGGUGUCAGUCCGUCAGCUUUGCCACCGCAGCGUCAGGAGACAUCCAAUCAGAUGAAUAGCAAUAAUCAAGCUUCACAACUGGCUCCUUCAAAGCCUUUUUUGUUAGAUAAAGAAAAGCAAGGUAGCGAAUUGACAAAUAAGGAGGAUCAGAUUUUAAAAAAUGUUGAAGCAGAUUCCUGGACUGCACACAAAACUGAGUCUGGGGCAGUUUAUUAUUACAAUGCUCUUACGGGGGAAUCAACAUAUGAGAAACCCCCUGGAUUCAGAGGAGAGGCAGGAAAGCUCACUUUGCAACCAACACCAGUUUCAUGGGAGAAGUUGACUGGUACAGACUGGGCACUGGUGAGCACAAAUGAUGGCAAAAAAUACUACUACAACACCAAAAGUCAGGCUACAAGCUGGCAAGUACCUCCAGAAGUUGCAGAACUACGCAAAAAGCAACUACAGGAGGCAUCUGCUAAAGCAACUGCGAGUUUGGGACAAGUUUCAAAUUUAGCUGAGAAAGGUCCUAUAUCUUUCAGUUUAACUGUACCUGCUGCUACCACAGGUGGGCGUGAGUCAAUUGGACAUAAGGGUUCAACAACGGCAUUGGGGUCAACUGCUUUAGAUCUAAUCAAGAAGAAACUACAAGAUUCUGGGGCUCCGGUGACUCUGUCGUCUAUUUCCAAUACUGGAUCUGUUUCUGGAACGUCAAAUGUGAACGGCAGUACAAUGAUUGAAACUGGUGGGAAGAACCAACCAUCUGAGAGUAACAAAGAAAAGGUGAAAAGUACUGUAGCAGAGGGCACUCUAUCGGAUUCCUCAUCAGAUAGUGAAGACGAAGACAGUGGACCAACAAAGGAAGAGCGGAUUUUGCAGUUUAAGGAAAUGCUUAAAGAGAAAGGAGUUGCGCCAUUUUCAAAAUGGGAAAAGGAACUGCCGAAGAUCAUUUUUGACCCACGAUUUAAGGAUAUCCCAAGUUACACGGAACGCAGAUCUAUAUUUGAACACUACGUUCGCAAUCGUGCAGAUGAAGAGAGAAAAGAAAAAAGAGCAGCUCAAAAGGCUGUCGUUGAGGGCUUUAAGCAACUCCUAGAAGAAGCUUCAGAUGAUAUAACUUAUAAAACAGACUAUGCAACUUUUGCUAAAAAAUGGGGCUAUGACCCACGAUUUGAAGCACUGGAUCGUAAAGAGAGGGAGUCAUUAUUAAAUGAAAGAGUUCUUCCACUGAGGAAAGCAGUGGAAGAGAAAGUGAAGGCCAUACAAGCUGCAGCUGUUGCCAGUUUUAAAGCUAUGCUACGUGAAAAAGGUGAUAUAAAUGCAAAUAGCCGCUGGUCAAGGAUCAAGGAUGGCUUACGUGGUGAUUCAAGAUAUAAAGCGGUGAAACGAGAAGAUAGAGAGGCUUUAUUCAAUGAAUAUGUGCAAGAAUUGAGAGCUGCAGAACAAGAAGCUGAGCGGGCUGCCAAAGCAAAGAGGGAUGAAGAGGAGAAACUGAAAGAAAGGAAACGUGAGAUGCUGAAAAGGAAAGAAAGAGAGGAGCAGGAAAUGGAAAGAGUGCGGGUCAAAGCAAGAAGGAAGGAUGCAGUGACCUCAUAUCAAGCUUUGCUAACAGAAAAGAUAAAAGAUCCUGAGGCAUCUUGGACUGAGUCGAGACCUAAGUUGGAGAAGGAUCCUUUAGGCCGUGCUGCUAAUCCUGAAUUGGAUCUAGCAGAUCGGGAGAGGCUUUUCCGUGAACAUGUCAAUGGAUUGUAUGAGCGUUGUGUGCGGGAUUAUCGGUCACUUCUGGCAGAUGUUAUUGUUGUUGAUACAACAACCAAGUAUCUUGAAGAUGAAAAGAACAUUCUUACAUCAUGGUCUGAGGCAAAACGUCUUUUGAAACCAGACCCAAGGUAUGCUAAGAUGCCUCGAAGAGAGCGAGAAGUAUGGUGGCACAGGUAUGCCGAAGAUGUUCAACGAAGACUAAAGGUUGCCACAUCGGAUAGGAAUGAAAACAAGCUGAAUGCAGAUAGUGACAAUAAAUUAACCUCUACAGAUACUGGAAAACGAUCACCAAGCUCAAGAAAAACCCAGAGCCGUAGGUAAUUUUGUAAAUACAUUCUUCUCACUCUGAGAUGUAAUAUUAAGAGCUACUUCCAUUA